GUGUGCAGAUCGACAAAAUCAAAAAGCGACGAAAUAAACAUAAAAUCUCUACUGGAGAUUAUACCAGUUAAAAAUUAUACAUUCACAAACAUAUUUUUCUAAUUUGUUUUCAAAUACAAGUUAACAUUGGUAAAUUUUCCUAACCGAUGUCAAAUAAAGUUGUGUGUCAAUGAAUAACCGAGCAGACACCAAAGCGAAACUACUUAACAAUUUAAGCCUUUCCAAACAUCUUUCAUCCAAACAAGGCGGCUCGCGUACCACCAAUUGUGGCAAUCGUCUAGAAUUUGCCUUACUUACGCUGCUACAAAACGUUCCUUGA